AAAGACAACACUUUUAUCAAUGGUGGACUCAAAUCUGGCCUUCAUCUCCUUAAUCCUUCUAUUUCCCAUAUCAAUCUUCAUCUUUCUCUUCAUAAUCAUCCGUCCUCGUGGAAUCAAGAUUCCGAUCAAGGGUCGUCACGUAUUCAUCACCGGUGGAUCCAGCGGCAUCGGCCUGUCUCUAGCUCACCGUGCAGCGGCAGAAGGCGCCGCUCGUGUAUCGAUCCUAGCUCGAAGUAAAUCGAAGCUGGAAGAUGCAAGAAAUGAAAUCCAACUUGCCACAGGAAUCGACGUUACUGUUUACAGUGUCGACGUUCGCGAUUUCGAUGCUGUGAAGAAGGCGAUUGAAGAUGCGGGUCCGAUCGAUGUGCUGGUUUGCAAUCAAGGGUUUGCAAAGCCGGAAGAGUUUGAGAAUCAGGAAAUGCAGGAUAUUAAGUUCAUGAUUGAUGUUAAUCUUAUGGGAACAAUUCAUUUGAUUAAAGCUGCAUUACCUGGAAUGAAGAAUAGAAAAGAUGGAAUUCCAGCUUCAAUUUCAAUUACAUCAUCACAAGUUGGGCAGGUUGGAAUAUAUGGUUAUGCUGGUUAUGCAGCUAGUAAAUUCGGGUUAAGGGGUUUUGCAGAAUCAUUACAGCAAGAGAUUAUAAUGGAUAAUAUUCAUGUUUCACUUAUAUUUCCUCCUGAUACUGAAACACCAGGCUUCAUUGAAGAGAAUAAAACGAAGCCAGAGCUGACUAGUAUUCUAUCAUCUUCUUCGGGUGGGAUGAAUGCUGAUGAAGUUGCAAAGAAAGCUUUAGAUGGGAUCAAAUCCGGAAGUUUUGUUGUAUCUUGUAACUUUGAAGGAUUUCUAUUAGCUUUGGCUACUGCUGGUUUAUCCCCUCAAAGAUCGAGUUUAAUUGCAUUUGUUGAGGUUUUUUCAGCAAGCAUAUUGAGGAUAGUAGCAUUGUGUUUUCAAUGGAAUUGGUAUAGUUCUAUUGAGAAAUGGCAGAAAACUCAGAAGAAGCAAUAAAAUCGAAGUUGAAACCAUGUUUCGCGUGUAGCAAUGGACACGACUAACCUCUGAUGUUAUAAUAAUGGUUCUUUGAAUGUGCUUAGUUUGAAUUACAGCUGAUCCUAAACUUUGUUGUCUAUUCCUUUGAAGAAAAUAAUGACAAUAGUUUUUCAAUGGUUUCCUCUUUUGUCUGGA